CCAGGCCGUUCCUGUGGCAACGAGGGGACUCCAAGCCAUGUGAGUGCCCGUCCUGUCCCUGUCUUGCGCAGCAAGCCUACAGCCAGGGCCCAGCCUGCUCUCCCACCCGUGGUGUUUUCUGCGGCCUCCAGGGACAGCCGUGUCAGCCCAUGAGGCUCCCAGUACCCACUGAGUGCCGCCCUGAAGGAUGUCCCAGCUCUCCUCCACCCUGAAGCGCUAUACAGAAUCGGCCCGCUACACAGAUGCCCCUUAUGCCAAAUCGGGCUAUGGCACCUACACUCCCUCUUCCUAUGGGGCCAACCUGGCUGCCUCCUUCCUGGAGAAGGAGAAGCUUGGUUUUAAGCCAGGCCCCCCGACCAGCUUCCUCACCCGUCCCCGAACCUAUGGUCCCUCCUCCAUCCUGGACUAUGACAGGGGCCGCCCCCUGUUGAGACCUGACAUCGUCGGGGGAGGUAAGCGGGCCGAGAGCCAGACUCGGGGCACUGAGCGGCCUUCAGGGAGCGGACUCAGCGGGGGCAGCGGAUUCCCUUACGGAGUGACCAACAACUCCCUCAGCUACCUGCCUGUGACUGCCCGUGACCAGGGUGGAACCCUGACCCAAAAGAAGUCAAACAGUCAAUCAGACCUGGCCCGGGAUUUCUCCAGCCUCCGGACCUCAGAGAGCUACCGGAUAGACCCUGGGAACCUGGGUCGCAGCCCCAUGCUGGCCCGCACGCGCAAGGAGCUAUGCACCCUGCAGGGGCUCUACCAGGCAGCUAGCCGCUCGGAGUACCUGGCCGACUACCUGGAGAACUAUGGCCGGAAGGGCAGUGCACCUCAGGUGCCCGCCCAGGCCCCAACCUCUCGAGUCCCUGAAGUCCUCAGCCCCACCUACCGACCCAGUGGCCGCUACAGUCUGUGGGAGAAGAGCAAGGGCCAAGCCCCUGGGUCCAGCCGCUCCAGCUCCCCAGGGCGAGACACCAUGGAAACCCAUUUCACGGCCCCUGCACUGGACGCCCAUCUAACAGUGCUCCCGGAAAUGCUCGGCUACCCCCACAUACACUGCAGUGCUCACCCUCCGUUUUGCCACCCAGCAUGCCAGGGUCCCCUGCAGGCCCUGCGCCAUCCUGGACUGAAUGCUGAGGCCCCCGCACCGCCAGUGCUUCCUGUGAAUUCUAAGAGCGCCCAGGGUCUGGCUGGUCUUCGAAACCUUGGGAACACGUGCUUCAUGAACUCCAUUCUGCAGUGCCUGAGCAACACCCGGGAGCUGAGGGACUACUGCCUUCAGAGGCUCUACAUGCGGGAUCUCAGCCACAGCAGCAAUGCCCACACAGCCCUCAUGGAAGAGUUUGCAAAACUAAUCCAGACCAUAUGGACUUCAUCCCCCAAUGAUGUGGUGAGCCCAUCUGAGUUCAAGACCCAGAUCCAGAGAUACGCACCACGCUUCGUUGGCUAUAAUCAGCAAGAUGCUCAGGAGUUUCUUCGCUUUCUUCUGGAUGGGCUCCACAACGAGGUGAACCGAGUGACAGUGAGGCCCAAGUCCAACCCUGAGAACCUCGAUCAUCUUCCUGAUGAUGAGAAAGGACGACAGAUGUGGAGGAAAUAUCUAGAACGGGAAGACAGUCGGAUUGGGGAUCUCUUCGUUGGGCAGCUAAAGAGCUCCCUGACGUGUACCGACUGUGGUUAUUGCUCGACAGUCUUUGAUCCGUUUUGGGACCUCUCAUUGCCCAUUGCUAAGCGAGGUUAUCCUGAGGUGACUUUAAUGGACUGCAUGAGGCUCUUCACCAAAGAGGACGUGCUUGACGGCGAUGAAAAGCCGACGUGCUGUCGAUGCCGAGCCAGAAAACGAUGUAUAAAGAAGUUCUCCAUCCAGAGGUUCCCAAAGAUCUUGGUGCUCCACCUGAAGCGGUUCUCAGAAUCCAGGAUACGAACCAGCAAGCUCACAACAUUUGUGAAUUUCCCACUAAGAGACCUGGACUUGAGAGAAUUUGCCUCAGAAAACACCAACCACGCUGUUUACAACCUGUACGCUGUGUCCAAUCACUCUGGAACCACCAUGGGUGGCCAUUAUACAGCCUACUGCCGGAGUCCAGUGACAGGCGAAUGGCACACUUUCAAUGACUCCAGCGUCACACCCAUGUCCUCCAGCCAAGUGCGCACCAGCGACGCCUAUCUGCUCUUCUACGAACUGGCCAGUCCGCCCUCCCGCAUGUAGCAGUGAGGAGCUACAUCUCUUUCUCCCUUCCCCGUGGCGGCCCCACACCCUAAGUUUUUUUUUUUUUUUUUAAG